UCGAUUUUUCAAGGAAGUAGAGCGAGUCGUUGUCUCGUAUCUGUUGGAGUCUGUCUGCAACGCGUGUUUAGCAUGCACACAGGAAGGCGGCGGUGGUUCACUUUUUGAGAAGAGCGGACGUCUCUGCCUCUCCCCCCUUCCUCUCUCUUUUCGCUGGGAGUUCGAGCGAGAGACGAAGAGAGAGACGCUGAUCCGUGGGUGCUGGAACGGUCGACGGGAGACUCCGCAUUUGUCAGACUCUGUUCUCUCCCCACUGUCGCAGGAGUCGGAAGAGUCCUCUCUCUGCUGUCUCUUCGAGGCAGGGAAAAAGCAGGCUUGAUCCCCUCGUUUCUCGCUUCCUCUGUCUGGCAUGUUCCAGAGUAGUUUCGAGAUUUUUCUGUCCUUCGUCUGUCGGCCUUGGCCCUCUCAGGGUCACCGCUGGUCGACUCGGAGACGCUCUCUCUCUGUCGUUUUGGCGGUCUUUCUCCCCUUUCGUCUGAGUCAAUGACGGUGCUACACAAAACACAGCAGCCGUUCUUCGCCCUCGUCUCUUCUUCUUUGGGGGAGAAACGGGGGUUUCGUCUCCAACUUUACUUUCGCUUCAUCGCCUUUUUCUUCUCCGUCUAUCCCGCGUCUUUCUUUUCGCCAGUCGCCUUGGGUCUCUCCUGCCUCGCACCGCUCCUCUUCACUCUCCUCACUCAAGAAGCACCCGCUGCUGCGGCGAAGGUUCGUCGUGUGUCUGGGGCGUUGUCGUGCUCCGAUUUGUCCCCGACUCCUUGAUCUUUCUCCACUGUUCCGUCUGUCUCCUUUCCUCCUCUCUUUCCAUGAUGGACGCCUCCGCCUCUCCAGACACUCCGUCGACCGCAUCCAGUCUCCUUUCCUCUGUCCUCCGCCGCCUCCUCCACCCGCUUUUCUCGUCUUGUGCUCCCAACUCUCCUUUUUCUCCUCAGUCGCCUGUUCCUGGUCCGCUCGAUUCUCAUUCCUCGUCUUCCGAUGCUCUGCGCCCUCGUUCUUCUUCUGCAUGCAUCCCAGAUUCGGGACGACAGCUCGCAUCCUCUCUUCCGUCUCCUUCCUCUUCUUCGGCUGUCUCUCCUGCCACUGCACUUCCGACUUCUUCUCUCUCGGUGCCUUUCUUGACGGAGGAGAGAAGAAGGCGGAUUCUGGAGGAACUGCAGAGACGCUGCGAGCAGCCUCCUGUCCUCAUUGUGCCUGCGAGUGGAUCAGAAGAAGCCUGUGGGGUGCGUUUCCUCCAGCCUUUCUUCCUUGCGGCAAAGGGAGAAGACAGUGAAGAGACAGAGGAGGAGACAUCUUCUUCUCUCAGCCACAGAGGCAUCCCUCCUUCUGUGCAGAUCCUCCUCUCUGUGUUCGACAGUCAGUUACGCGAGAUUCAAACGACUCUCGCACAGAGCGAGAGAACGGCAGAAGGAAAAGAAGCAGCUCACGAAAGAGGCGCAAGCGCGGAAGGAGUGUCUGUCUCUGCAGGUCCGUUUUCCGACUCCGAAGAAGAGUUACUUCGCGACGAAGCUUCUCUACUUCUCCUCAGACGCCGAUGUCUCCAAUGGGUGGGCCUUUGGCGUGUUGCUACGCACGCGUUCUCGCCCUCUGACCGCAAACGCCUCAGGCGAUUCGUCGACCGAGAAAAAAGAAAAUGGGAACAGACUGAAAACACAGCCUCGCACCUCUCCACAAGCCAAGACCAUGUCUCUGCUCCUUCCUGUCCGUCUUCCUCUUCGCCAUCUUCCUCUUCGCCAUCUUCCUCUUCCUCCUCUUCGUCUGCGGUUUGUGUGAGGAGCAAGGGAGAGGCAGAGCGGGGAGACGCGAGGGGAGACUGGGAGUGGGGAGGAGGAGCGCAGAGUCCAGAGGAGUCGAACAAGAAGAGAGAACGAGUCUCGAGUGAAAGCAGGGGAGCGGGAGAGGAGAAUCGCAAGGAGACGAGGAGAUCGAAGAAGGCGAGGACGUUCUACGUCAUGCCGAUGAGCGACGCCGGCAGUUAUCCUUCCUCGAGUUUGACUCUCAACAACUUCGUCAAGGUGCAGCAAGUCGGUCAGGGCGCGUACGGCGACGUAUGGCUGGCCGAGGAUGUGAAGAACCGUCGCUGGGUCGCGAUGAAGAAGAUGAAAAUCAUGGCGCCGCCUCCAGGCGCUCUUCCUGCAAACAAUCCGCCGCACGCGCUCGCGCCUCGCCAGGAAGAGCAUGCCAAGUCGAGGAAAGUCGAGAGAGAAGAAAAAACGAGAGAGGAGAAGCCAACGGAGAAGGGCGGCGCUGCGGCGGUGGCCGCCGCCUGUCAACAAAUGAACAACGCAGGCGAGGAACGGGAAGGCUUUCCCCGUACGGCGAUUCGGGAAAUCUGUCUGCUCAACGAGCUCUCAAAGUGCAAACACACCGUCGAGCUCCUCGCUGUCGUCCACUCCAAACCGCGCCUGAAGGACCGACACCACAGAGGCGCAGUGUGGAUGGUGUUUGAGUAUUUGCCCUUCGACCUCCUCGGCUUCCUGGACGCCAUCCGAGACUCGAAGGAGAAAAGAGAAAAGUACACGCGUCCGCAAACGUGGCUGUCCAUCGGCGAGAUCAAGGGGAUCCUCCUGCAACUCUUUACGGCGCUGCACCACUGCCACCGCAAAAACGUCGUCCACCGAGACCUAAAGAGUGCAAACCUCUUGAUGGAUACAGACGGAACUGUGAAGCUGGCAGACUUUGGCCUAGCUCGAAAAUUCACAAAGUUCGUGACGCGCGAGCCAGAGCGCGUCACACGCGCCAUGGAGGCGAAGGGCGGGGAAGCCAUUCGCGUUGUCCUCCCCUGCUCCGUCGAUGAAGACGCAGACUCAGCCGCCAGCCGCGAACGCAGCAUCUCCUCCACCCAAUUCGCCGACGCGUCUUCCUCUUCUUCUCUUCCAGGAUUUCUUCGCGGGGAGGCGCUGGCAGCAAGCGAGAAGCCUGCCUUGACAAAUCGAGUCAUCACGCUGUGGUACCGACCUCCAGAGCUUCUUCUCGGCUCCGAGGCCUACGACGGCAGCGUCGACAUGUGGAGUGCGGGAUGCAUCAUGGCAGAACUCGUGUGUGGAAUGCCGCUCUUCGCCGCCGACAAAGAAGCCGCUCUUCUCCGACAAAUCGUCGAGAAAAUCGGCCCUCCGUCGGAAAGCGACCUGGCGAGUCUGAGAGCCCUCUGUCCGCAGCACUUUCGAAAUCUGUCAGGACGAGGCGACGGCUUUGCGCGAGACCCGGUUUUCGAUGGAAGCGGAGUGGACAGGUCGCUGGAAAUCCAGAGACUCUUCAAGUACCGUAACCAAAUCGGCGACGAAGGCUGGGACCUCCUGAGACAGCUCCUCGCGUGGAAUCCUGCUACGCGAAUUACAGCCAGAGCUGCUCUCCAACAUCGGUGGUUCUCCACACAUCCUCUUCCAAAGAGAGUCGAAAAACGAGCAAAUCUCCAUGCGGCCCACAGCUACGUCUCCAAGCAUGCACAGCGACGCGGUGGACGCGACCAGCGUCAGAUGGGAGGAACUUCGCAUGCAAGGAAAGGACCUGGAAGGGAGGGUUCAGCAGACGAAACGCGGUCCGAGCGCGUCUCGGUGGGCGAAGUUCGCCUCGCUGCUUGGGCUCGAAGUGUGGAGAGGAAGGCAGCGCGACUUGAAGCUCUUCGUCAACUUUACUCCGAGCGACAGAAACAGGACGAGAGUUCCCGGAGGUCUCUCCCUCACUCUCUCCCCGCGUCGACGGUCUCGGGUGUGUCCACGCACGAGCGCGAGUCUUCGGAGUCGAUUCUGCCGUCGCUCUCCUCGUCGCUGGUCCACCCCAUUCCUGGGAGACCUUCGCUUUCACAGGUCUCUGGAGGGGGCUCUCAGGCUUCCUUCGUCUCCGCCGACCUCUUUCCGAGGAAAAAACGAGAAGCCUUCGUGCAGCUGCCUCGCGAGAGCGGCUCCGAUCUGAAGGAUCUUCCUUGGCAGACAGCCGACGACCGCGGCGAAGAGCGAGAGAAGGGUGAAGUGCGGCGAGAAGAAGAGAAACACGAUUCCCUGCCGGCUUCUCUCGUCUCGCCGCCUCCUGUCUCCACUCACUUUUCUCCGGGAAGCUGGAACGACCACGCAGAGCAGACCGACGGGAGGUCUGACAGGAGACACUACGGCCGCGAAGACAGAGAAGGGCGUCGGGGUCGCGAGGGCGCCUUCGACAGUCUGCAUGCAACCAAAGAGGGUGUUUAUGGUCGGUGUCUCCGCGAGGAAGAGAAGCGGAGAGAGCAGCUGCGGGGGUCCAGUGGCCGGCGCAGAUCCCUGGACUCUGAGGAGCGCGAGAGUCACCCUGCGAGUCGUUCAGGCGACAAGAAGCGAGGAAGAGAGACAGAGAGAAGCAACCGCGGAAGAAGAGAAGAAGGGAGGAGAGGGGAAAAUAGACCGGCGUUCAGUCCAGAGCGUCCGGCGUUCGACGAGAGCCGGCGCCGGGGACGCGAACGUCUCUCUCUCCAUUCGGCCUUCGCUUCUGGGGGCGCUCUGAAAGAAGACGGCCGGGCGAGUCUCGAGGCCUCGCCGGUGCAUGCGUCGCCUGGCGGCUCUGUGAGCGACAUGACGAACAGCAGCGACGAGGAGACAAAGAGACGGAGGGGUCCCGAUUCUGCGCGGGCAGGUGCAGAGAGUUAUCAGGCUAUCCAUGGCGGCGAGAAGAGCGAAGGGGACUCGGGCAAGUGGCGGCACGCGAGAUGGCCCGAGUGGGAUAAGAAGGCGAAGAUCCGCGACCGGGCUGCAGAGCGCGACUACGCACGCUGCCAAGGCGAGAGCGUGCAUGCAGAGCGGCACUGGGCAGAAGAGAAGAGCCAGUCGCCGUCCUUCUCGGUGUCUCCAGACCCCCCGGGGAGCUGUGGGGACUACCGACGCGGAGAGGACGCGGGCGUCGGAGACUCUCGGCGAAUGAGGAAGCGCGCCAGCGAAGAGACAGAGAGAUGCGGCGCGCAGAGUUUGAGCGGCAAGGACGGCGGCAAGGAGAAGCAAGGCGCGGUGGGAAGAGAGGCCUGCGAGUUCGGCGUCGAAGCGCUGUCGCCGGUGUCGCUGGCGUUGUUUUUUCCGACGCACGCGGAAGGAUGUGAAGACAAGAAGAGAAGCGAGAAGACCGGCGAGGCGGAGGCAAACUCGUCUGCAGUCGCGAAGAAACAAGAAGAGCGAAGACGAAAGGCGUUCGACCUCUUCAAGCGCGCAGCUGAAAGCAAGUCGGGUGCCGCCUCUCGAGGCGAGUCGACGCAUGCAGGGAGUGCCGAAAAAGAAAAACUUGCAAAAGGGAGAAACCACGACGACGCGGGGGAGGUCCUUGGGGGGUCGGACGACGGCCGGGUCCGUGGCGAGAAGAGGAGCAGCAGUUUGAAGGGAACUCGCGAGGAGACAAGAGACGCAAGAGACAGGGAGACGGAGGAGACACCGCCGGGGGAAGAAAUGGAGAGUCAAGUUGGGUAUCGCCACGGGCGCCGCCGAGCGGGGUGGCGAGACGCAGAGGAGCUUGACAGAGAGAGAAUGGAGGAACGCGAUGUCGAGGAAGAAAAACCUUUCUCCUGUCUCCUCAGAGAUCCUUGUGUGGAGCACCGAUCUCCGGUCAACCAGGAAGAUCCGAAGCGUUUGUCGCUGCCGUCUGUCGACAGUCAGCUGUCUAGUCCCGACGGAGGCACUCCUGGCGUCGGCCGUCGAGAGGAAGAAGCGAGGAGACACCGGGGAUGCGACACUGUCGAGGAGGGCGAACGCGGGAUGCUCGGCUCGAAUGCGUAUCGCAGGCGAGACCGCGGCAGCGGUCUGUACACCCGGGAGAGAGACGCCGAGAGCGGGGAGAGACGAAGGCGUCGGCCCCAGGAGGCGAGUCUGAGCUCGCGCCACGAACGCGAGCGAAAAGAAGAGCCGUUGUUUUUAAACCGGUCGAGCGCGCAUUCAUCUCACUCAGUGUCGCCGUUCUCGCCUCGCCACGACGACGACAUCCGCGGCCGCGACCGCAAGCGGAGGUACCCGUCCCUGGGGGCUCCUUGUCUCUCGAAGGAAGGGCGCUCCUUGCUCUUCGGCGUAUCUUUGGGUUCUCCAGUCCUCGGCGAGAGUCGCGCGAUGUCCUCCCCGUCACCCGUCUUCUCGCGCUCCGAGCCUCAAAGUCGCCUCGCUCUCCAGGACGAAGCAGAGCGACGCAGACGGGGAGACCGAGGAGAGACAACAAGUGCAGUGGAGAGCCGAGGCAACGGCAAGGCUCGGACCUGGUACCCCGGUGAGAAGGAACCGCGCGGAUGUGAGAGGGCGAGUGACUUGUGCAGGUCAGAGAGAGCCAGUCUAGGCCGGGAAGACCGCGCUGCGCAUCGACCGAAGGAUCGGAGACGAGACGGGGAAGGCCAGCGGAGGAGACACGAAGAAGGUGGCGAAGGGAGAGAGUCCUGCGACCAGUUUCGAGAGCGAACCUCUGUGCGGAGCACGUACAACGUCGACACGCACAGGCGCAGAGGCGACGACGAGAAGGGGAGAAGGAAGGCGCGCGACGGGAAGCGCAGACGCGUAUCCGAUGACAAAGGUGGAGACAGCAGGCCAGUCUCCCGGCGCUCGUGAGUCUCUUCCAUCUUUGUAGUCUUCCUCCGGUAAGGAGCAACUGGGAAGCGCCUGCAAGCCCCCAGCUGCGGUCAAAGAAGAGAUCUGGAAAUCGAAAACAUGCGGCAGAGAGUGAAGUCCGCUCUGUCUGAAAGACAGCGUUUGCCUGGUCAGCCGCGGCCGAGGGGAAACAGAAGCAGCAGGAACAGGUUCGGGGGUAGCAUUCUCGUGAGAAAAGAGAACAAAGAGUCUAAAAGUAAGACGGAUGCCACAACGUGUGGCCACGGCGAAGCCGGAAAGACAACAGGAAAGAAAGCGAAAGCACCGUGUCGUUGUCGCGCGUCGAGAAGAGUCUUUACCAGCUGCGAGAGACCCGGCGUUCCACCGCCGGAAUCUUUUUUCUAACGUCAGAGCAAGCAGGAAGAGAGAAGAAAGAAGCAUUGGAGGGAGCGCAUAAACAGGACCGACACCGAUAGCGCCCCUCACGUGUAGGGUCAUUCCAGUGCGCGGACAGAUUUUCUCCUCUCGAUUUCAAAAGAACAUAUCGAGACGCUGUGGCACCAAAGUGAGUGGGGGCGCGGCGGAGGGAAAAGGAAGAAACAACCGACGCACAGAGGAAAGGAGGAAAAGAGCAAAGUCCCACAAAAAGUCCAGCAGGUGCAAAUUUUAGGGGAUGGGACGACGAAUCGUCUCGCUGAAGGCUGCAGUGAGACGGAUACUUCGUUCUCGGUGGUGGUUGGCUGUUGAAAGGAAAACAGAAACACCUGACAUGAAGUCAAGUGUCUCGUUGACGAGUCAGGAACUCCAAACGGCCUUUUUGCCGAAACCGACGUAGGCGUUCCUUUGUCUGCUCUUGUCUUUGUGACGACGGAAGCUGCGUUCAACGAUCAAGCUAAGAUGUCUUCACAUAAACCGCGAUGUGUUCAUGUGGCUAGGGAACUGUAGACAACGCACACUGGAGGAAAAGUUCUUUCACGCAAACGCCGAGUAGACUAUAGCGGCACGACAGUCUCCCGCUGGCAAUAACCGCGUUUUCCUACACUUUUUCAGAAAGGAGACAACUCCGUGAAAGUUCCGUCACCGGCAGUGACUGCUCAUUCGAAACGACCAGCACUGGGUAUCCGCCGCCUGUUUCCAUAACAAAACACAUUUUUCUUUACUCGUUCAC